AUGUCCGCAACCGCUGAUAAAGCGCGGUUCUUCCUGGAAAAGUCGGUGCCAGAACUCAGGGAGUUCGAGAGGAAAAAGAUCUUCACCAAGGAUGAAAUCUCGUCGAUUGUCAAGAAGAGAUCUGAUUUUGAACACAAGAUCAACGCCCGCGGCGCCCAACCGUCCGAUUUUGUACGAUAUGCGGAGUAUGAGAUGAACCUCGACACAUUGCGGCGCAAGAGGGUAAAUCGGCUGGGCAUCAAGUCGGCUGGAUACAGUGGACAGCGGCGGAUUUUCUUCGUACUUGAUCGCGCUACUCGCAAAUUUCAUGGCGAUAUCGGGCUAUGGAUCCAGUACAUCGAUUACGCGCGACGACAAAAAGCCUUCAAGAAGCUCUCGUCGAUUUUGAUGGACGCUUUGCGUUUCCAUCCCACCAACGCAGACUUGUGGAUUUACGCGGCCCAGUAUUCCAUCGAUGAUCACGCCGAUAUGACCCAAGCCAGGACCUAUAUGCAGCGAGGAUUGAGAUUUUGCAAAAGCUCAAAGAAGUUAUGGAUUCAUUUUGCGAAGUUGGAGUUGAUCUACAUCAGCAAGCUCGUGGGUCGACAGCGCGUACUAGGGCUUGACCAGAAGAUUGAGGCCCCUAAGCAGCCGGAAGCGACCUCUUUCGAUGACCAUGAUGCCGACAUGAUUGCAAUGCCACAAAUUACGGAGGAAGAUAUUAACCCAAGCACCGGGGGCACAGACGGAACCAACCAGGGAUCACUACAAGCUCUGAACUCAACUCCUGCACUCGGUGGUGCAAUCCCCAUUGCUAUUUUCGAUUCCGCAAUCAAAAGCUUUCAUAAUGAUGACCAGUUCGCCCAUGAGUUCUUCGACAUGGUCUUCGAAUUCGCGGACAUUCCUUGCUUGGAAAAGAUCCUGUCGCAUAUCGUUGAUGCGAUGCAUGAGUUUAAGCCUGCCAGUCACCACACAGUCAUUUGUUACGCCAAGCUCCCUACCGCUGGAAUCCAGGUGACGUCCGCCAACUUCCCCCGCGCACUGGGUGUGGCCCUCUCGCGCCUACAAGACCAUCGGCACAAGCCCGAUGUUGCAAAAGAAACAAUCUCCUGGCUGCAACCGCUCGGAAAGACAGCGGAUCUGGAUCCGUCCUUACAGAAGGCGAUCGCCGCCACGAUCCAGAAAGCGGAUCUCGUCCUUCAGAGCGCCUAA